GAGCUCCAGGCUAGAUCCGUCCCUGAGCCCGAUGGUUCUGUCACCCCGUCUCGUGACAUUCUCAUGUGUACGUUUUCACCUUUCAUGCCAUUGCAUUUUGAUAUCGGGCGGGUUGAAGAACGUACCAUCAUACUUGUCAUUAUAUUCUACGUAAUUGAAUCGCUGGUCAUAUGCAUACCAGGCCAACAGUUCGUUCAUUCCUAGUGCGGAGAUUUCCGAUGUUUCGACGGCCUCGUAGCCUUCAUUACACCCCGCGGCUGGCGGCCUCGCCGCAUUGCGGUCUUGGCACCAGUGACGUCAAUGCCUUUUACACAGCGGGUAAAAACCCGGGUUUAAGCAAAGCCCAUGCACGGUGUCACCCUGCAUCACAAUUUCAAAAGAUAAUAGAUACGCGGAUGGUAUUGGGCGGUAGAUGUGGUCCGUUGGCUGGCACCACUGCUCCGCCUGCGUACGAAGAUGCCGGCCGCGCAGCUGACGCCGCUGUCGGUCGACGACAGGCGGACGCUGAUUGACUGGCCUUCGCAGCCGGUGACUGACCGGCCCUCGCGGCCGUUCACCGUCUCUGUGGAGGGGAAUGUCGGCAGUGGCAAGUCGACCUUCCUGCAGCACUUCCAGGGAAUGGACGGUGUUCACAUUAUUGAGGAGCCGCUUGAGAAGUGGUGUAACGUGAACGGCCACAACCUGCUGGAUAAGCUGUAUCAGGACCCGAAGCGGUGGAGCUUCCUCUUCCAGUCGUACGUGCAGCUGACCCGCCUGCAGGUCCAUCUGGACGCCACGCCGUGUCGAGUCAAGUUCAUCGAACGCUCCCUUCAGAGCAACAGGUUCUGCUUUGUCGAGUCAGCUUUGGAGAGUGGCACGCUGGAGGCGCCAGAGCACGCUGUGCUCGCCGAGUACUACUCGCGGUCGGCGGCAUGGUUUGACAUCGGCGUCGACCUGAUCGUGUACCUGCGCACCUCGCCCGAGGUCGCGUUCGAGCGCGUGGUGCGCCGCGCGCGCGCCGAGGAGGCGCCCGUCACACUCGACUACCUGCGCCAGUUGCACUGCUGGCACCAGCGCUGGCUGAUGGGAGAGCGGCCGGCGCACUGGCCGCGCGUGGUCGUCAUCGACGCUGACCAGGAGCUGCAGCGGCUGCUCCCGCUCUACGACAGCAUCCACGCACGCAUCAUGGACGAUGUGGUCUGAGCGGCGACGGGGUCGUGCCGGCGAGGCGGACUUCAUUAAUACCUCCCACAGAGGCAGCCUGUGAGAGGAGGCUGCGCUCUUUCAGGCUGUGUAUGUGCGUGCGUGUGAGUGUGCGUGGCGGCCUGGCAUCUUGCAUAAUUCACUCCGAGUGGGCGAUGAGGCGGGAGUCGUGGCGGAGUGACAUAAUAUACACAUUUGCACAUAAUAUGUACAUUUGCAGGAGUCAAGUGCUGACCUUGUACGACCUUGACACUUCAGAACAUGGCUGUGGCUGAUCAGCUGUUUUACGCCAUUGACUUAAAUAAGGAGAAGUGUACAAUGUCCGGUAUGUACUAUCCACUGAAAUCUAACGCCAAAAUACAGUGAGCACUACCGUCACCUGCUCGGUGGCCAUUGUAACGGUCUGCGUCGCGCUCUAUGGCGUCCAGUGGUCUCUGGUCUUACGAUACGUACUCUUACGGUGCAAGGCGCCAUGCGAAUGCCGCCUGAGCGCAAUAUGACCAUUGAUGUCGACGCGCCCUAAAAUCGCACGUCAUUAUCAUCACGUGCCGUCCAUUGUACAUUGGCGACAACCAUCCACACGACGCGAAUCUUUGUGGCCGUGCAGGGCGGCGUCACCUGAUGCGUGGAAUGUGGCGCUGCGAUCCGACAAAAUAAAUGCGCUGUU